UGUGCGUGUUGCUGCGGUGCUGAGAGAAAAUGGGGAAGACGAGCAAAGUUGUCGUCUGCGGGCAGGUUUUCAGCGGGAAAACCGCGGCUUUGGAGCAGCUGAUCUACGGAACACACACCGCGGGAACGCAACUGUUCCCCACCAUCGAGGACAUCUACGUGGCAAACAUCGAGACGGACCGUGGGGUCAGGGAGAAGAUCAGGUUCUAUGACACCGCAGGGCUGAGUCCAUCCAAUCCAGAGCUGCCCAAGCAUUACAUCACUCUAGCAGAUGGAUUUGUGCUUGUGUACAGUACGACUGACAGAGAUUCUUUCAAGAGAAUCGACCUACUGAAGAGAGACAUUGAUGCUGCCAGGGAGAAGAAGGAGGUAACAGUGGUUGCCGUGGGAACCAAGACAGACUUGAAGGACCGUAAGGUUGACCUAAGGGAGGCUCAGAACUGGGCACAGAAGGAGAAAGUGCGGCUGUUUGAGGUGUCUGUGAGGGACAGGAAGGCCCUGAUGGACCCGUUCGUGUUCCUGGCCAGCAAAAUGACUCAGCCUCAGACCAAAUCCAGAUUCCCAGCUUUGGGGCCAAAGGUCAAACAGACAUCCAUCAACGACAGCUGAGAGACUAUUGGAUAACAGUUACUGUAAAGGUUAUAGAUAGGUCAAACAUGAAUGUAAAUAUUGGUUAGUUAAUAUUUAUUAUUAUUAUGAAAAAUAUUCAGUCAUAUUGUUUGUUUAUGAUAGCUUUGCUGGCACAAGUAAAUAAUGCAAUGAAUACAAUGAAAGCCAAGUACGCCAGCAAUUUAAACCAAUACAUAAAUGAAGUAUAUUGGAGAAUAAGGCUUUGGUAAACAACUGAGUAAACAGGAGGAAGGUGGCGAUGAAACAUUAACAGGAGAGAAAAUUUUGGUUGUCAUUUCCUAAUGACUUACAAGUCUGAUGAAACUAUUCAUAGAUGUACAAAUGUAUGUAACAGUUACUUUGGAAAUAAUGAAGAAGAAAAAAGUUUCUUCUCAAAAGACAAUUUUGAAUGCUUUGGUGUCCUUACAAUCUUGGAAAUUGAUGUUCUAAAUGUAAAGUGAACAGUGUUGAUGAUAAUUUUUGUUGUAAGGAAAAUCUAAUUUAAUUUUUGAAUAAAUUUGUAUCAAAUGAA